AUGUAUUUCAGGGGAGUGGAGCUUCCUGACCCACCAGCAGUGGACUGUGUUUGGAGCCCCUGGUCAGAGUGGGGUUCAUGUGAUCCUUGUACAAAAACACGUAGGCGUUCUCGAGCUAUAGAGGUUUUUGGCCAGUUUGGAGGUGAGUCCUGCCAAGGAUCUGUAGGGGACAGAGAGUUCUGUGUAACAGAUGUCGUUUGUGACCGACAACCUCCAGUUUGCUCCGAGGCAGAGUUCCAGUGCGAGUCAGGCUCUUGCAUCAACAAAAGGUUCCAGUGCAACGGGGACUAUGACUGUGAGGAUGGAUCAGAUGAAGACUGUGAUCCGGAACGACCUCCCUGUGGUUCAAGAGUCCUGGAUACCAAUGAGCAAAGCAGGACAGCAGGAUACGGAAUCAACCUCUUGGGUUCAGAUCCUCGAAUGAACCCCUUCAACAAUGAUUUCUUCAGGGGAAGGUGCAAUGUAAAAAGGAACCCAAACAAUGGAAACACUGAGAGGAUUCCCUGGAAUAUCGGUGUUUUCAACUAUGAGACUCAAGUGGAUCAAACUGUUUCCAGGGAAAUCUAUGAUGAUACACAUAGCCUUCUGAAGGAAAUAUUGAGGGAUAAAUCGUUUAAAAUCAAUGUUGGAUUUUCCUUCAAAAUGGAUCUAACUGAGCCAUCCAUGUCCAACACCACCACUAAAGCGAAAGUUGACCACGAAUAUGAGAAAAAAACCAUGAUUAAGGAGGUCACAGAGUACACCAGUGUUCAGAACAAAAGCUUUAUGCGGGUAAAGGGAAAAGUCCAGCUGAGUACAUACAGGCUGCGUUCCCAUGAGCUCCAAGUGGCCGAUGAAUUCCUUCACCAUGUCAGGUCGUUGCCUGUGGAGUAUGAGAAGGGUAUUUACUUUGCCUUCCUUGAAGACUACGGAACCCACUACACCAAAAGUGGGACGUCUGGUGGUGAAUAUGAGCUGAUAUAUGUUCUCAACCAGGACUCCAUCAGGGAAAAAAAGAUUACAGAGAGAAAAGUCCAAGAAUGUGUCAAAUUAGGCAUCUCACUAAACCCUGACCAGAAGACGAAAGAACCCACAAAUGUCAUGCCAGAUGUCCCCUUGAAAAUUGGUGACUGUGAUAACAUCACCUUAAAAAGCCAAGACCAGACUGAAGGAAAAGCACUGGUAGAUAAGGUGAUGACAUCAGUCAAAGGAGGUACUCUGGAAAGUGCUGUUACCAUGAGAGCGAAAUUAAACAGGGACGGUGUGAUGGACCUUGAUACGUAUCAGAAUUGGGCCCGGAGCAUCGCUGAUGCCCCCGCACUGAUUCAAAGUGAGUCAGAGCCCAUCUAUAUGCUAAUUCCUGUGGAUAUGCCUGAUGCCAGCGCCAGGAUGGCAAACCUGAGGCAGGCCACAGCAGACUAUGUGGCCGAGUACAACGUCUGCAAGUGUAAGCCUUGUCAGAAUGGGGGUACUCUGGCAUUGCUGGAUGGGAAGUGUCUUUGUCUGUGCACACACCUGUUUGAAGGCAUGGCCUGUCAGAAUUACAAAGGUGACAGAGCUAAAAACCCAGGUACGAGGCCGACCACAACCCAGGAAGGGAACUGGUCAUGCUGGUCCAGCUGGUCCAGCUGUAGUAAUGAGAGACGCUCCAGGACACGGAGCUGUAACACAGACGGGCUCCGUGAUGCUUCUUGCAGAGGAGACAGCAGAAGUGAAGAGCGCUGUUAACAAAUAUAAACCCUUCUCUUUCUCUGACACACACACUUAACACACAUACUGUACAGGCUGUGAUAAAACUCAGCAUCAAAACUUCAGUGUGAUUAAUAAGGAAAACAGAGCCAUCUUCA